AGAUGUAAUAGAUUGAAAUAAAUUAUUCAUAAUCAAUUAUUCGUAAAUAUUAAUUGACGUAUAUUGAUUGACGAGCUUUUAACUUAAAGGGACAAGAGAAAACGCGAAGGAAAACUAUAUUUGAUAACUUUAUAAACGAGUUACUUAUAAUGUUGGUAACCAUGAGUAAUGAGUGAAGCCAUAAAGUCUCGUCCGAAGGAAGGAAAAGUUUUUCGAAUGAAAUAAGAAGUAAAAGCUUGGUGAAACUUUUUAACUCGUAUUUUUAAGUUUUUAAGAAACAUUCAUCAUGGAUUUCCAAAAUCGACCCGGUGGAAAAACAGGAGGUGGUGGUGUAGCAUCAUGGUCGGAGAGUAACAGAGAUCGACGAGAGAGGUUAAGGCAAUUAGCUUUAGAAACCAUCGAUCUCAACAAGGAUCCGUAUUUUAUGAAAAAUCAUUUAGGCUCUUACGAGUGUAAACUUUGUCUUACGUUACACAACAACGAAGGAAGUUAUUUGGCUCAUACUCAAGGAAAGAAACAUCAAGCUAAUUUAGCAAGAAGAGCAGCCAAAGAGGCAAAGGAAGCACCCCAAACUCUUGCACCGGAAAAGCCAAGAGUUGAACCUAAAAAGUUUGUUAAAAUUGGACGACCUGGUUAUAGGGUGACCAAACAAAGAGAUCCAGAAUCAGGACAGCAAAGUCUCCUGUUUCAAGUUGAUUAUCCUGAGGUUGCAGACAAUGUCAUUCCUCGUCAUAGAUUCAUGUCUGCUUAUGAACAAAGAGUUGAACCGCCAGACCGCAAAUGGCAAUAUUUAUUAUUUGCUGCAGAGCCCUAUGAAACGAUUGCUUUUAAGGUGCCAAGCAGAGAAGUAGAAAAAGCAGAAGGGAAAUUUUGGACUCAUUGGAACAAAGAUACCAAACAAUUCUUUUUACAAUUUGCAUUUAAGAACGAAAAGCCAUCCGUUGGCAAAGUUCCACCACCACCAGUACCAUUAAUUCGACCAGGAUUACCACCGAUGGUACCUGUACCUCCUCCCCCUAGACCUCCAAUGUUCAAUCCAGUUCCACCUCCUCCUGCAUUGUUGGCAUCGGGAAUGCAAAUUCCACCUCCUCCGCCUCAUAUAGCUUAAUUUUUAAAUUAAAAGAAAUAACUUUUUAAAUAAGUUUUUAUAAAUAAAUAAUAGUAAUAAAAAGAAAAUGAAUGCUUAAAAGGAAAAUAAAUUAUUUUAUAA